AAACUAUGAAAAGAAUGGAAGGGAAGCCGAUGUCCGGUCCUGACAGAACGGUGAGUGUCCCUCCCCCCUCGAGCCAGUGCCAGCUCCUCUUACCCCUCCCCUGCUUCUCUGGCCUGACGCAUGGCACCCGAGAGCUCCUAAUAUAGACCCGAAGGCUUUGGGGGAAAGGGAAAAAAAAAAAGAAACCCAGCGCAGCUCCCGAGCCCUUUGCAUCUGCUACUUUUUCUCAAAUCCACUUUUCAUGGACACGCAACGGGACCACAGGGCCUCCCUCGCAGGUGAAACGGUACUUUUGCGUUGAGCAUAACUAGAAGGUCAAAAUAUCGUUGGAAAGGAAGUAGCCCUUGUGGGUUUCUAACCACUCUGACCGUGUCAUGUGGAGAAUGUCUCCCUUGCUCUGUUGUAGGUGUCGCUCCCAGAGAAGAUGCAGGAAACGAAGAAAGACGGUACGGCCGCAGCCAUUGGCUGCACGCGUAUGGAUCUGGGCAGCCCACGCCUGUUUGUGUGAAUGCAUGUGGCCAUGUGGCUAACACGUUGUGUGAUCAGCUGUUUAUAAAGUGGGCUACGACGUGAUUCCUCCCAGAGCGUGACGCAGUGGUCUACAUGAACUUCAUGAAGAACCACAGCUGCUACAACGCCAUUCCAACCAGCUGCAAACUGGUCAUAUUUGAUACCAAACUACAAGUGAAAAGGGCCUUUUUGGCACUAGUGGCAAAUGGCUUGAGGGCGGCGCCGUUGUGGGACAGCAAGUUGCAGAGGUUUGUGGGUAUGCUGACUAUUACAGAUUUCAUCAACAUCCUCCAUUACUAUUACAGGUCCCCUUUGGUUCAAAUGUACGAGCUGGAGAGCCACAAGAUCGAGACAUGGAGAGGUGAUUCAUUUGAAAAUGUCUACCUAAAGAGUUCCAAUCGCAUCCUCAUUAGUAUUUCUCCAGAGGCAAGCCUCUUUGAUGCUGUCUAUACCUUACUUAAGUAUAAGAUCCACAGGCUGCCCGUCAUUGAUCCAGAGUCUGGGAACGUCUUGCACAUUCUCACCCACAAAAGAAUCCUCAAGUUCCUCCACAUAUUUUGGAAAAAAGUUCCCAAGCCGGCCUUCAUGAGGAGGCAGAUCCAGGAGCUCGGGAUCGGCACCUUCAAGAACAUCGCCACCGUGCAGCAAACCGCAACGCUUUACGAGGCCCUCGCAAUAUUUGUGGAAAGGCGGGUGUCUGCACUACCUGUGGUGGACGAACAAGGCAAAGUGGUGUCACUCUACUCACGAUUUGAUGUGAUUAAUCUAGCAGCCCAGAAGAGUUACAACAACCUGGACAUGCCCAUGUGGGACGCCGUGCAAGGGCGCUCGUGUUUCAUCGAGGGAGUAAUCAAGUGUUACCCCUAUGAAACCUUGGAAACCAUCGUAGACCGGAUAGUCCACGCAGAGGUCCAUCGGCUGGUCCUGGUGGACAGGGCUAACGUGGUGAGGGGCAUCAUCUCUUUGUCUGACCUGCUGCAGGGCAUGGUCUUAACCCCUGCAGGUAUUGAUGCCCUUAUGUCCUAAUACCAGGGGACAGAAUGUCCCCUUCCCACCUUCACCACCCGUGCACGCCUGAGUCCUAGUCGCGUACACAGCUGGAAAUCAACUUGAGAGUGAAAUGAGAAAUCACAAGAAGGGAAAUAAUCCCCAGGCUGCGCUACUUAACAUUAAUAUGUAUUUUGUUAUCUACUGUAUGUGCUGUGUUCAAGACACAAUGAUACCAGUGAGCUGGCCUUGAUACUGUAUUCAAUCCCCAGCGCGAUGUAUAUAUUGGCUCUUAUUUGAACAAAGUGAUCACUUCUGUAUAUUUCUCUAUUA